AGGGAGAGAGAAAAGGGUCCCAACCAAAGCUAACAGCAGCAGCCUCGGACCGAAGCAAGCUCCUCCCCGCCUAUAAAAUCAAAACACCCACCAGAAUAGGAUUUAUUUCCUGAGAGAGUGAUGAGUGCCAUGGCAGUCGCCAAUGGAGGACUGAGAUCUACGCUUAACCCAAAUGCUCCUCUUUUUAUCCCGGCUGCACUUCAGCAAGUCGAGGAUUUCUCUCCAGAGUGGUGGAAUCUAGUGAAGACGUCCACAUGGUUCCGUGAGCACUGGAUCAGUCAGCACCAGGAUCAAGGAAAUUUUGAUGGAGAGGAUGAAGAUGACAUUGCAAAUCUGCUGCCUGAUGAUUUUGAUAUCGGUAUCACAGAAGAGAUGUCCAUUUUGGAGGCUGAAUUGGAGGAAACUAUCCAAGAAAUGGAAGCUGCUGAAGAAACAGCUUUAGCUUCUCUGGGAAAGGAGAAGACAGGCCCCGAAAUGGAUGCAGCGGCAAUAAUCAAGAAUUUAAGCUUGAAAUCACCGAAGAAUGGGAUGGCUCAGCCCGUACUUGAACCGGCUAAGUAUUGGGAGAAACCUGCCCAAUGCAUAAUCCCCAAAUGCAGCCCCCGCCGGAUAAUUCAACAACCUCGAUGAAUUACUUCUAGUUUUGCAUGUUGGAAACAGUCAGUUUCUGGUGAUAUCAGUUCUUACAUUCCCUAAGGGCUCUUUGUAUAUUGUCUAAGUAGUGGCAGGAGUGUUUACUUCUUGCUUGGUAUCUAUCUUGUUAAUCAAAAUGACCAUUAGAUGAUGGCAUGGUAUAAAGCACUGCUUGUAGAUCAGUAAGAGAAUGCCAUUUUAGCUGCAAUCAUGCUUUUAUCAUGUGUAAUUACUGUAUGAUAUUUUCUA